GCGAGGCUGGGAUCGGGAUUGGGGCCCGGCGCAGGAACGGGCAGUGCUGCAGCAGCCGGGACAUCGCGGGGGUGCUGCGGAGAGGGGGGGCGUGAGGGACCCAGGCGUCAGCCCCACCGAGAACUCAGAUGGCCGGGCUCCCCGCCCCGCCCCGGGUAUCACGAGCGCACCAGCUGCACCGGGAAAGACUCCCUCUGCCCUCAGAGGACCCAGGCGUCCGGGCCCCAGCCUCUACUCCUCGCAGCCGCCAGAGAACCCAGGAGUCCGGAUCGCCUGCCCCUGCUCAACCCAUCGGACCCCGUUGUCCUCCCGGAGAACACAAGCGUCCGGGCCCAGCCCCGCGCCUCCGCCAGGAGGCAGCAGAGCUAGGCCCGAGGUCACCCCGCCCACAGUCGGGGGCGGGGCCUUCCCGGGCUUCGCGGGGGCCAUGUUCACAAGGGGGUCCCGGCGCCGUCGCUCUACGCGCUCUCUCCCUGAUGCAGAUGACCCCGACCGGGGGCAGCCAUGUGGGACCUGUGGGGACCAGUGCCCUGGCUUUCUGGUGCAUGGAUGGAGACACCUGGGUCCCGUGUCCCUGCAGGAAGAGCUGCCGGCACUGUGGGUGCGGGCGUGAGGAGCAUGCAGUGCGGGCAUUGCCUCCUGCCUUGGCUCAGGCACUCGGCCGCCUCAUCUCUGACUUCCAGCGCCUCUCACUGCCUGAUGACGAUUCUGGCUGCGCCUCUGAGGAGUACACCUGGGUGCCACCAGGGCUUAAGCCCGAGCAGGUUUACCAGUUCUUCAGCUGCCUGCCUGAGGACAAGGUACCCUAUAUCAACAGCGCUGGGGAGCGGUACCGAGUCCGCCAGCUCCUGCACCAGCUGCCCCCCCAUGACUGCGAGGCCCAGUACUGCACCUCGCUGAAAGAGGAGGAGAAGAAGGCACUGAAGCUGUUUGCACAGCAGCGGAAGCGGGAGAACCUGGGCUGCGGCAUUGCCCGCAUCUUCCCAGUCACCACUACCGGGGCCACCUGCGAGCAGUGUGGGAAGCAGGUGCGGGGCGGGGACGUAGGGGUGGUGGCCUCCCGGGCGGGCCUUGGGGCCUGCUGGCACCCCCAGUGCUUCCAGUGUGCUGCCUGUUGUGAGCUGCUGGUCGACCUCAUCUACUUCUACCAGGAUGGGCAGGUCUACUGCGGGCGGCACCAUGCUGAGCGCCUGCACCCUCGCUGCCAGGCCUGUGAUGAGCUGAUCUUUGCAGGCACCUGCACAGCAGCCGAGGGGGGGCACUGGCACAAGGGGCACUUCUGCUGCGUGGAGUGUGAGGCAGCGCUGGGUGGGUGCCACUAUGUCAUGCGCCAGGGCCGUCCCCACUGUGCCUCCUGCUACCAGGCCUUAUACGCCGAGUACUGUGACACCUGCGGCAACCACAUCGGGCUGGAGCAGGGGCAGAUGGCCUUCGAGGGUCAGCACUGGCACGCGACACCCAACUGCUUCUGCUGCGCCUGCUGCCACCGGCCCCUGCUGGGACUGCCCUUCCUACCCCGUGGGGGGCAGAUCUACUGCUCUCCUGCCUGUGCCCGGGGCGGAGCCACCUCCCCUGGGCCCCGCCUGGGGUGCCGCAGCUGGAGUGGUGGGGCUGAGACCCCUGACACUGGCACCAGCAGCAUCCCUGCCAGCCAGCAGGACCCAGGCCCCGGAUGCCCCUUCCGGCGGGGGGUGCUGCACCGCCACUCCAUGCCCGAGCUGGGCUCAGGGGUUGCCCACCCCCCUUCUGCCCUCCUUUGCCAGCCCUCAGCAGGGGUGGGGAGCAAGACAGAGGGCUCCUUCUGGCCCCAGCAGCAGAGGAGGAGUGCUCGGGUCAACUCUGACAACACCCUGCACUUGCGGGGGGACGCAGGACAGAGCUCCCCCACUCCCCUGCCACCAGGCCAAGGGGGGUCCCUGGGAGCUUUGGUGCCCCCUUGGGCCUUGUUCUCCUCCUCAUCAUCAUCUUCCUCCGAGGAAGAGGAAGGCUACUUCAUGGGUGAGCCCAUCCCCCUUCCCCCCCAGCUGCAGUCUCACCCUCAUGGCACCCUACCCCCUCCCCAUGCUAAGGGGCACCAGGGAAGGAACAAGGGCUGCAUUGUGGCCUGAGCCUGAACCUGCCCUUGCUGGUGCACUUUGACCCUGGAGGAACCCAAGCGUCUGGGGAGGCAGAAAAGGGUGACCUAGGAGUCUAGGGAAGCCAGCUCCCUUGGGAAAUGGGCAAGGAGGUCCCAGGAGUCUGGGGAACCCAGGAGUCCAGGGUUGUGGGCAUAGGGGUCCCAGAAAUCCCCCCCACCCAUGCACUUUGACCUUUGAUCUUCCUGGGGUGGGGCAGCAGCCUCUGACCUGCAGGUGGCCAUCUCUGAGGCGUUUGGCACUAUGGCCUUGUCCCAAAGACAUCUGUCCUCAUGGUGGUGACCUCUGACUUUCUGGCAUGGGGGCAACAUGAGCAGCCUCUGAAGUUCGGUGACAUGAUCAUUGGGCUUGGUGUCUUCUGACCUUCCCAAGUCAUGCACUUUGCUGAGGUAGUUGGUUUUGCUGUUCACUUUGGUUCACUCCACCACCUGCAACCUUUGACCUGGAAUCCUUCCGUGACCUGUGGCCUUGAACUUUGACAUCUGACUUCCACUUGUGACCCUUGCACCAUGACCUAAGCUCAGCCAUGGUGAUGUGCACCCCAUAACCUUUGAUCUUUCCACUGUGGCCACCACUGGGCAUCCCAGGGAGGGUGCUGACCUGUGUCUUUUGCCUGCUAUGGCUGUGGGUGCUUCAAGGACCUCUCUCAGGGACCCAUGUGCAUUGACCACUUUGACCUUUCGACUCUGAUGGCCUUUUUCUAAUGACCUUUGAAUGGUGGUGUGGUGGUUGACCUUCCUACUCUGACAUUCUCCAUGUGGCUUUUGGAACAUCCUCUCCACAGGUGAACCUUUGGCCUUUCAGCUUGGGUUGGAAGGCCUUCUCCUCCAUGAUCUCAGCCUCUUAGGCCCUUGGCUAAUCUCUUAAGGUGACCUUUGAACUCCCAACUCCCAAACUUUGGGCUGUGGUGAAGUCAGCUGGGUUUAGGCUCCUCCCCCUUUAAAAUUAGUCUUCAAGCAUUAAUUUAAAAUACAAAUGACCUUUCUAAUAAAAGCAAUGCUAAUGAAAGAUGGCAAGACAUACAAGUGUCCAGGGAGGUGGGUUAGGUGGGCCCAGGUAUCUGGAAAUGUGGGUAAGGGGGACCCAGGAGUUUGGAGGACCCAGCUAUCCAGGGAGGUGGGUGUGGGUACAUAGGAGUCCAGGGGACCCAGGCAUCCAAGGAAGGUGGAAAAAGGUCACAUCCAGGUGUCUGGGGCAGUGUGCUCAGUAUAAUGAACAACAGCCAUUCCAGCUGCAUCACCCCAGAGCUGGGUGCAUCUUAGAGGUGACUUCAAUUUCCUUGUCACCAUCUCAUACCAGGGCACAGCACUGGACAAACUGGUCUCACAGCAGCUUCCCCCCACCCUGGCCACACUCUGGAGAGGGUGAGGGGCCCCACCCACACCAGCCUGCUUCAUCCAACCCAUGUGGGUUUGUCCUACCUUAACCUUCCUAGGGAAGUGGUCCUCGUUCCUACCUUGAGUAAAUUCAAAAAGAGGUUGAAUGAACCACCUGUCAGGUUGUGAUCUCAGCAUGUGCUCCAACCAGUGGUGGGGAGUUAGACUAGAUGAUCUAUUCAGGUCCCUUCUGACCCCUAACUAGUAUGAAACUGAAACCCAGGGCACAAGGGCAGAUGCUAGCAAUGGAGGAAGACAGCGGGGGGCAGGGAACAACCCCUAGAGCUUUGUUUGGGGGAGGAAAGAAGAAAGAAAACCCUCCAAUUUCCCAGAAGUUGAGAAAUGAUGGAAGAAAAACCUGAAAUCUUCCCCCACACGCAUUUUACAGGGAAAUGUAGGAUGAAUUAAUGAAGAGUGAAAGGGGGAUUUAUUCAGGGGAGUCUGUCCUGAUUUUUAUAAAGGGAAAAAUGAAUGUUUUUGUGGGAAAUGCUCCAGUAGUCAUUGGAGGAAAAAAAAAUUAGGGGGAAGAAAUGGUGUGGGGGAUUUAAAAAAAAAAAAAAAUGCCUUUUGCAAGGCAGGGUAUCCAU